UACUUGUUGUCCACAUUCUUAUGUCUUAUAUUCAUAAGAUGAAUUUUUCCAGAUACGCACUCGCUCAUGUACGUUCCCGUUACAAACUUGGCAAUGGACGCUGAAACUUGGAGGAUCUUCUUACUCGAAUGCGGUGGACGAUGUGCUGAAAGCCUAUCUCAUUUCGGAAGACAUAGAUCAACCAAGGUCUAUUGAGUACAUGCUGUCUAUUGUGGAUGAGAAGCGAGUGCUGAGGUCGUGGUCGAGUAAGAAGAACUUCACGAAGACGAGGUAUUCAAGCGAACUCGACAUCGACCGAAAAGUAGAGAUCAAUGAUUUACUAACGGAAGACUCCCCAUUGCUUGUGAACGGUGAACUCCAUCUACAGCUCACAUUACGGCCGAUAGACUAA